AGUCCUUCAGUAAAUCUUCCCUUUGACCCUUAAGACUAAAUAGUUCCUCAUGAAUCUGCCCUCUCUGCUCAGCCUGCUCUGCUCAGCCUGGCCUCAGUCCAACACCACUCCUCCUAGAGCUAUUUGCACAAACAGGAAGUCUCUGCUGCUCACUCUGCUACGCAGUUUCAGAGAAACGAAACAUUACUCAAUCUCUUUCACAGAAACAAAACUCAGCUCAGUGUCUGUCAGAAAGCCACAGAAAAACUCUGUCUCUGUCAGUGUGAGCAGUGAAAUGGCUGAGGCCAAUAUCUCGGUGGAUCAGGACCAGUUCAGCUGUUCAAUCUGUCUGGAUAUACUGAAGGAUCCGGUGGCUAUUCCCUGUGGACACAGUUACUGUAUGGGCUGUAUUAAGGGCUGCUGGGAUCAGGAUGAUCAUAUUGGUGUCUACAGCUGUCCCCAGUGCAGACAGACCUUCACUCCAAGGCCUGUUCUGGGCAGAAACACCAUCCUGGCUGAAAUGGUGGAGAAACUGAAGAAGACAGGACUCCAAGCUGCUCCUCCUGCUCACUGUUACGCUGGACCUGGAGACGUGGCGUGUGAUUUCUGCACUGGGAGAAAGCACAAAGCCAUCAAGUCCUGUCUGGUGUGUCUGGCAUCUUACUGUGAAAUUCACCUCCAGCCUCACUAUGAAUCUCCUGCCUUUAAAAAGCACAAACUGGUCAAAGCCACUGGAAACCUGCAGGAGAAGAUCUGUUCUCAUCACGACAAACUGUUGGAAGUGUUCUGUCGUACUGAUCAGCAGUGUAUCUGUAUGCUGUGUGUGAUGGAUGAACACAGUGGCCAUAAAACAGUCUCAGCUGCAGCAGAAAGGACAGAGAAACAGAAGCAGCUGGGGGUGACACGGGGUAAGUUCCAGCAGGGAAUCCAGGAGAGAGAGAAGGAGCUGCAGGAUCUGAGACAGGCUGUGCAGUCGCUCAAGCGCUCUGCACAGACAGCAGUGGAGGACAGUGAGAGGAUCUUUACUGAGCUGAUCCGCUCCAUUGAGAGAAGGCGCUCUGAGGUGAAAGAGCUGAUCAGAGAUCAGGAGAAGGCUGAAGUGAGUCGGGCUGAAGGACUCCUGGAGCGACUGGAGCAGGAGAUUGCUGAGCUGAGGAGGAGAGAGGCUGAGCUGGAGCAGCUUUCACACACAGAGGAUCACAUCCAUUUCCUCCAGAGCUGUCAGUCCCUCUGUGCCCCUCCUGGACCUGGAGACCCUCCCAGCAUCACUGUCAGUCCAAACGUCUCUUUUGAGGCUGUGAGGAAAUCUGUCUCAGAACUGAAAGAGCGACUGGAGGAUGUUUUCAAGGCGGAGUUGGUCAAAGUUUCUGGAAGAGGUUGGUGGACAAAAACCUGCUGCAGAAUGUUCUCUGUUCUAGAGCCCCAGACCAGACAGGACUUCUUACAAUAUGGCUGUCAGCUCACACUGGACCCCAACACAGUGCACAGAAAGCUCCGUCUGUCUGAGGGGAACAGAGAGGUGACCUAUGUGAGAGAGAUCCAGUCAUAUCCUGAUCAUCCAGAGAGAUUUGAGCACUGGCCCCAAGUGCUGUGCAGAGAGGGUGUGUCUGGACGCUGUUACUGGGAGGCUGAGUGGAGUGGGGAUUGGGUUUAUAUAGCAGUGUCAUAUAAAGAGAUCAGGAGGAAAGGGGGGGGUAAUGACUGUGUAAUGGGAGGUAAUAACAAGUCCUGGAGUUUGCGCUGCACUCCCUCCAGUUACUAUUUCUGGCACAAUAAUAAGGACACUAAAAUCCCUGUUCCCUCCUCCUCCAGAAUAGGAGUGUACCUGGAUCACAGGGCAGGAACUCUGUCCUUCUACAGCGUCUCUGACACAAUGACCCUCCUGCACAGAGUCCAGACCACAUUCACUCAGCCCCUCUAUCCUGGGUUUAGGGUUUGGUGUGGAUCCUCUGUAAAACUGUGUGAUCUGGGAUGAGGCAGAGAGUGAAGGGAAGAUCAGCUGUAAUUAAAGAGAGGGAAAAAUACUGAAUAUGAAAUAAUAUAAUUAUAUUAAAAU